AUCUUCUGAGCAGUCUUAGACUAAAUACCUAUCUAAUCUAAACUGUCUAUAUUCUCACCUCUGUAAAGGUGUUGAAUUUCAAAAGUUUUAUAUUUUUCUCUUAAUUUACAUUAUAGAAAAAGUUUUAUUUGGGAGUUAUAUAAAGACAUAUUGUUAUGAAUAAUGGCAACAUCUAUUUACGGAAUAAGAAUUCCUCCGCAGCGUUAUAAUUACUUUUUUCAUCCUAACCUUUGUCACAUUUGCAAAUGUAAAAUUCAAAAGUAUUUGAAAUUAUGUCCGGUUUGUUCCAUGAUCUCUUACUGUAGCGAGGAUCACAGACUGCAGCAUCAACCGCAACACAAGGAAAUAUGUAAAGCUAUAAAUAUAAUAAGUGAAACGAAAGAUAUAUGGGCCACUCGUGGAAUGACGGACAACGAAUGGGUUAAACAUAAGAAGGAGAAUCUGCAAGGUAUCAAGGCGAUUCUAUGUCGCAAAUUGGAACCAUACGAGGAGCAGAUGUUCUUGCUCGCAAAAUCGUGCGAUAUUUGUCACCAUCAACGAAAUUUGAAAAUCGCUUGUGCUACAUGCUUGCACCCCAAUUUGUGCGAUCAUCAUAAGUCCUGUUCCAUUGAACACGACUGUGCGCAAUUGAAAAGAUCUUUGUUUCUGGAUGUCUUCGAAUACUUAGAGAAAAGAGAUUUGAAAAUACCGCUAAAUCAUCUAUCUCUAACUUUGUCUGAAAUAGAUGAAAAUGGUAGCACAGAAGCAAUUGUUAACUAUUUCAUGAGAAAAGUAGAACUAGAAAUUGAUUGGAAAUUCAUUGAUUUCAUAUACUCCAAUGCCAUAUCGGGACCAUUAACAGUGACUUAUACGAUACAUCAUAUAACUCCCUUGACUUUUUUGACGCCAAGGAAAAUUCAUGUCCUACACAUUAUAACCGGAAGCUUGACGGAUAAGCAGAGUUUGUCAGCUUGGGAAAUGUUACUGCAUGCCUUAUGGCCAUCAAAAAAAAUAUUAAUUAUAAUGAUAGAAUCAGGAUUGAAAAUUGAUGCAGAAGAUUUAGGGGAAUGGGACAUAUGUGACACGUGCCGUAUCAUGAAAAAAGCACUAACUUUUCAAGUACAAAAUAUGUCGUACAAAUCUUAUGAGCAAUGUAGUUCCUACGUUCCACCAGAUGUGAUAAUAGGAUUCAAUACAGAAGUUAAGCGAGAAGUACAGAAUCGAGCAGCUACCUCAGCACGAGGGGAUGUGCAGCGUUAUAAAAAGAAUAAGCAUGAUAAGAAACUGCUGCGGACUCGAGGGAUGACGAAAGACGAAUGGAUUAUACAUAAAAAGCAGAAUGAGCAAACUGUCCAGCGAUUCUACGUCACAAAUUAAAACAAAUUGACGAGGAGCAGACAUUCUUGUUAGCAAAAUCAAUGUUUGUUACCAACAACAUAACCUAGAAGUCACUUGUCUGUAAUGCUUCUCCAUCAAAAAGUGUGGUGGACAGAAUUCAAUUAUGAUUCAAUACAGUUAUGACCUUAUUAUUGCGAAAAUCUUUGUUUCGAAAAUCUUUGAACAUCGAUAAUAUGUAUAUGCAGAAACCAAGCAUGAAAGUUUCGCUAUAAAAUCUACCUAAAGGUAUGUACGAUGUAAAUAGAAAUUAUAGCAUGGAAUUACUUCUUACAGAAUACGAAAAGCAGAAAAAGCAUAAUUGGGAGAUUAAUGAUUACAUAGUAAAUUCCGAUUCCAUAUCAAACCGUUAACACCGUUAACAUUGUGUUAUACGAUGCUAUAUCUGAAGUUGAUGGGCAUUAUAAAGGAAAUCGAAGACAUUGUCUUACAUAUUAACGAUAUAAGUUUAACGGAUAUGCAAAGUUUGUCAGCUUGGGAAAUUCCACUACAUGUUCCAUUCUCAGCAACAAAAAUAACAAUUAUAAUGAUAGAAGAUUGAGGAAUGAUAUAGGAGAUACUGGAAAACGCGACGUAUGUGGAGUGUUGAUAGCAUGAAAAAGGCGCUAUGUUUUCAAAUAUACGAAAUGUCCUAUGAAUCUUAUAUUCAAUGUAGUUCCUACGUUCCAUCAGAUUUAAUUGUAGGAUUUAAUGCAGAACUUAUGACAUUCAGGACGAGCACUAUAAGAUUGUUAUAAGGUCAGAAUGUUCCGUUGCUUCUUAGGACUACAUCAACAUGUAAAGCGUUGGACAUUAACAAAAGGCUGAAUGAAGUGCUAGGCAAAUGCCCACAUUCUCGUUUUAUAAAACUAGAACGAUACAUGUGUGCGCUACGCGCGCGUCAUAUAGCUAAUAAAAAACAGUAAAAAAAAUGGAGAGACAGGGAGAGACAGGGAAAGAGAGGGAGAGACGGGGAGAGACGGGGAGAGACAAAGAG